AGGGAGCGCACCUUCUUGCGUUUUUUUCAACAACGCGGCCGGUACCAUGGUAAUCCCUCUAGACGAGCUGCCGCUGAGGGUGCGCACAGUCAAGAUUGUGGGAAACAACCGGACGAAGCCCUACGUCGUGGAAGAUCAGCUCCAGGACGCCUAUGAGGCGACGACCGUGGGCGAUGUCUACGGCGGCCUGGUGGAGGGAGCACAAAGGCUCGAUGGACUGGGGCUGUUCGAGUCCGUUCAAGUGUCCAUGGAUGCCGUCGACGACGGUUCGCUGGACCAGACGGACGUAACCGUCACCGUGAAGGAGAAGAACUGGUACCUGCUGCAGUCGGGGGCCACGACGACGGGAACGGCGAAAGGAAACCUGGACGCCUCCGAGUUCAGCAACCUCAGGUAUUCUGUGGCGGGGGCCCUGCGGAACCCGCUCGGGCACGGGGAGAUGCUGGACGUGGGCUACAACAGCCCCAUCAAGGGCCAGGAGGGUCACACCGUGAGUGCCAAGCUACACCUGCCGCACCUGUUCCGUACGCCGGUGUCGGGCACCCUGGAAGCUAUCAUGGACACGGUCGUUUUCGAAGACGAAAACACUCGGCAAGAGCAUUGGACGCUUACAGUAGAACGGCACGCCUCUUCUGACGUUGAAACCCGCCAGGCUAAACGGAUAACCGCGAUCAGAACCGCGCUAUCUACUGCUUCUUGCUACGAUCAAACCCUGCUGUUGCUGCUGCUGCUGCUGCUGCUGCUGCUGCUGCUGCUGCUGCUGCUGCUGCUGCUGCUACCGUCGCCUCCCGUCGGGGACACACACACGUUUGGCAUGCGUAUAGGACUGAUGGGCGACACGAGCUUCGCGAAGGGGAUGCUCGAGAUGCAGCGACACAUCCCGCUCUUCGGCGUGGAGCUCGGCCCAGAAACGUAUAGCCCGGUCACGCUGAGCCUGUGCGCCUCUGGAGGGGCGAUAAGACCUUUCGGACCGUCCAAGAGAACGUUCUUCAGCGACCGCUUCAACCUCGGGGGGCCGAUGACGCUCCGCGGGUUCCCCUUCUACGGGGCCGGACCUCGGUCACCGAAGGAGGAAGGGGGCUGCGAGGGGGGCGACGCUCUCGGAGGAGACAUCAGAUACACCGCCUCGGCGUCCUUAGGGUUUCCUUUUCCCGUGCCGGCGAUGGCGACGGCCGGUUGGCGGGGCUACCUCUUCACUAACCUGGGCAACCUCACAACGUGGGACACCCCGUUGAAGCAGUACGGGCGGGACACUAGAGUCUCGGUUGGGGUCGCCGCGGCCUGGAAUUUCUUGGGUGUCGGCAGGCUAGAGAUCAACUACGCCCACGUGCUGAGACGAUCACCUCGCGAUCUCCACAGGGAGAGACCUCUUCAGUUUGGCUUCGGCGUUUCGUUCGAGUAGAAUGUGGUAGCAUGCGUGUAAAAGAGGAAGGGGCGACAGGAAGAGAACAAACGAAGAGCUGGGGGUGGGAGCAUGAGAGACGGAGAUGAUCGGAUCGCGCCAUGUUUGGUCAGAAUAGGUCCUUGACCAGUGCGGGGCGUGAAGGGACGCGGGAGGGGGUAGUGUACGAUGUAGAAUUGAUUGGACGUGAUGGUGCUGGCGUGUGUCGUGUGUUUCUCUGGCUUUUAGGGAAAAGUUUGCUUUUGCUUGGAGCGCCUGCAUGGCCGAAGCGUGUGUGGAGUUCGUUGUCUUGCGUGACAAGAGUUCUGG